UGACUGGAGCAACAACAGCAACUGCCAGAAUGACAGCAGCAGUCAAUGCAACAACAAGCGUUCCCUCCACUACCGAGGCUGCUCCACCGUCCGUGUAUCUGCGAGCAACACUGGAAAAAUUGUUUGUGCCAGAAUUCACAAAUAGAAGCAGUGAAGAAUUCAGGAGGCUUGAGGCCACAGUCAUACGAUUCUGCGACGGCAUCUACGUGACUCGAUUUGGCUCCCGCUUCAUCCGCACUGUCCUCAUAAGGUUUAGCCAAGCUCCAGGCAACGGCAGCACAAGCAAUACUACAGCAGAGGUGAGGCUUGACUUCAACAGCUCUGUGCCAUCCGCACAACUUCCAACUUCUGAUGACGUGGCACGAGUCUUGGUGGACGCUGUCUCCAAUCCCAACAGUACCCUCAAUGUCAGCAUUCUACCGGACUCUGUCCAAGUGACUGGAUCUAAAUUGACUGGAGCAACAACAGCAACUGCCAGAAUGACAGCAGCAGUCAAUGCAACAACAAGCGUUCCCUCCACUACCGAGGCUGCUCCACCGUCCGUGUAUCUGCGAGCAACACUGGAUGAAGUGUUUGUGCCAGAAUUCACAAAUAGAAGCAGUGAAGAAUUCAGGAGGCUUGAGGCCACAGUCAUACGAUUCUGCGACGGCAUCUACGUGACUCGAUUUGGCUCCCACUUCAUCCGCACUGUCCUCAUAAGGUUUAGCCAAGCUCCAGGCAACGGCAGCACAAGCAAUACUACAGCAGAGGUGAGGCUUGACUUCAACAGCUCUGUGCCAUCCGCACAACUUCCAACUUCUGAUGACGUGGCACGAGUCUUGGUGGACGCUGUCUCCAAUCCCAACAGUACCCUCAAUGUCAGCAUUCUACCGGACUCUGUCCAAGUGACUGGAUCUAAAUUGACUGGAGCAACAACAGCAACUGCCAGAAUGACAGCAGCAGUCAAUGCAACAACAAGCGUUCCCUCCACUACCGAGGCUGCUCCACCGUCCGUGUAUCUGCGAGCAACACUGGAUGAAGUGUUUGUGCCAGAAUUCACAAAUAGAAGCAGUGAAGAAUUCAGGAGGCUUGAGGCCACAGUCAUACGAUUCUGCGACGGCAUCUACGUGACUCGAUUUGGCUCCCACUUCAUCCGCACUGUCCUCAUAAGGUUUAGCCAAGCUCCAGGCAACGGCAGCACAAGCAAUACUACAGCAGAGGUGAGGCUUGACUUCAACAGCUCUGUGCCAUCCGCACAACUUCCAACUUCUGAUGACGUGGCACGAGUCUUGGUGGACGCUGUCUCCAAUCCCAACAGUACCCUCAAUGUCAGCAUUCUACCGGACUCCGUCCAAGUGACUGGAUCUAAAUUGACUGGAGCAACAACAGCAACUGCCAGAAUGACAGCAGCAGUCAAUGCAACAACAAGCGUUCCCUCCACUACCGAGGCUGCUCCACCGUCCGUGUAUCUGCGAGCAACACUAGAAAAAUUGUUUGUGCCAGAAUUCACAAAUAGAAGCAGUGAAGAAUUCAGGAGGCUUGAGGCCACAGUCAUACGAUUCUGCGACGGCAUCUACGUGACUCGAUUUGGCUCCCGCUUCAUCCGCACUGUCCUCAUAAGGUUUAGCCAAGCUCCAGGCAACAGCAGCACAAGCAAUACUACAGCAGAGGUGAGGCUUGACUUCAACAGCUCUGUGCCAUCUGCACAACUUCCAACUUCUGAUGACGUGGCACGAGUCUUGGUGGACGCUGUCUCCAAUCCCAACAGUACCCUCAAUGUCAGCAUUCUACCGGACUCCGUCCAAGUGACUGGAUCUAAAUUGACUGGAGCAACAACAGCAACUGCCAGAAUGACAGCAGAAGUCAAUGCAACAACAAGCGUUCCCUCCACUACCGAGGCUGCUCCAUUGUCCGUGUAUCUGCGAGCAACACUGGAUGAAGUGUUUGUGCCAGAAUUCACAAAUAGAAGCAGUGAAGAAUUCAGGAGUCUUGAGGCCACAGUCAUACGAUUCUGCGACGGCAUCUACGUGACUCGAUUUGGCUCCCGCUUCAUCCGCACUGUCCUCAUAAGGUUUAGCCAAGCUCCAGGCAACGGCAGCACAAGCAAUACUACAGCAGAGGUGAGGCUUGACUUCAACAGCUCUGUGCCAUCCGCACAACUUCCAACUUCUGAUGACGUGGCACGAGUCUUGGUGGACGCUGUCUCCAAUCCCAACAGUACCCUCAAUGUCAGCAUUCUACCGGACUCCGUCCAAGUGACUGGAUCUAAAUUGACUGGAGCAACAACAGCAACUGCCAGAAUGACAGCAGCAGUCAAUGCAACAACAAGCGUUCCCUCCACUACCGAGGCUGCUCCACCGUCCGUGUAUCUGCGAGCAACACUGGAUGAAGUGUUUGUGCCAGAAUUCACAAAUAGAAGCAGUGAAGAAUUCAGGAGUCUUGAGGCCACAGUCAUACGAUUCUGCGACGGCAUCUACGUGACUCGAUUUGGCUCCCGCUUCAUCCGCACUGUCCUCAUAAGGUUUAGCCAAGCUCCAGGCAACGGCAGCACAAGCAAUACUACAGCAGAGGUGAGGCUUGACUUCAACAGUUCUGUGCCAUCCGCACAACUUCCAACUUCUGAUGACGUGGCACGAGUCUUGGUGGACGCUGUCUCCAAUCCCAACAGUACCCUCAAUGUCAGCAUUCUACCGGACUCUGUCCAAGUGACUGGAUCUAAAUUGACUGGAGCAACAACAGCAACUGCCAGAAUGACAGCAGCAGUCAAUGCAACAACAAGCGUUCCCUCCACUACCGAGGCUGCUCCACCGUCCGUGUAUCUGCGAGCAACACUGGAAAAAUUGUUUGUGCCAGAAUUCACAAAUAGAAGCAGUGAAGAAUUCAGGAGGCUUGAGGCCACAGUCAUACGAUUCUGCGACGGCAUCUACGUGACUCGAUUUGGCUCCCGCUUCAUCCGCACUGUCCUCAUAAGGUUUAGCCAAGCUCCAGGCAAUGGCAGCACAAGCAAUACUACAGCAGAGGUGAGGCUUGACUUCAACAGCUCUGUGCCAUCCGCACAACUUCCAACUUCUGAUGACGUGGCACGAGUCUUGGUGGACGCUGUCUCCAAUCCCAACAGUACCCUCAAUGUCAGCAUUCUACCGGACUCCGUCCAAGUGACUGGAUCUACAAUACCGGGACCAACAACAACCACUCACAUAUCUACAACAAAUGGAAGGACAACAUCUGAUGGGUCAACAAGUGGAGUAGCUACAACAACAUUUUUAUCAACAACAGGCGGAACAACUACAACAGCAGCUGGAUCAACAGCAACUGCUGGAUCAACAACAACAAGUAGAACAACAACAACUGCUGGAUCAACAACAAGUGCAUCAACCGUAAUUAGUGGAACCACAGCAGCAGUCACUACAACAACUAUUUCUACUACCACUGAGGUUCCCACACCAGUUGUGGUUCUUGGAGCAACUUUAGAAGAACCAUUUGUAGAAGAAUAUAAUGAUAGAAACAGCGAACCAUUUAGAAGGCUUGAGGCAGUUGUCGUACGAGCAUGCAAUUCCAUCUAUUUUGCCCAAUAUGACUUCCUGUUCAUUCGUGCUUUUGUCAUACGCUUUAGGUCAGUUGCACGCUUCACUAUAACAAAUGUUACUGCAGUUGAGGUGGGACUUGAGUUCAAUAGAUCUGCGACACCUGCAGAACUUCCAACAUCUGCCGCUAUUUUACAAACCUUUGUCCGUGCUGUUUCUACUCCUAAUACCUUCAACCUCAGUGUUCAGACCAACACCGUCCAAGUACUUCAAUCAAAUAUAGCAAAUUUAACUACUACAUCCCCCGCUGUAAAUACUACGACCACAGCCACCAGUGCUGCAACCAUAGCCUCCAGUGCUGCAACCACAGCCACCAGUGCUGCAACCACAGCCUCCAGUGCUGCAACCACAGCCUCCAGUGCUGCAACCACAGCCACCAGUGCUGCAACCACAGCCUCCAAUGCUGCAACCACAGCCUUCAAUGCUGCAACCACAGCCUCCAGUGCUGCAACCACAGCCUCCAGUGCUGCAACCACAGCCACCAGUGCUGCAACCACAGCCUCCAGUGCUGCAACCACAGCCUCCAAUGCUGCAACCACAGCCUUCAAUGCUGCAACCACAGCCUCCAGUGCUGCAACCACAGCCUCCAGUGCUGCAACCACAGCCUCCAGUGCUGCAACCACAGCCUUCAAUGCUGCAACCACAGCCUCCAGUGCUGCAACCACAGCCUCCAGUGCUGCAACCACAGCCUCCAGUGCUGCAACCACAGCCUCCAGUGCUGCAACCACAGCCUCCAGUGCUGCUGCUACAACUCCAACUACUGAGGCAUUAGUCACAAGGCAGCUGAGCUUCAGAUCUGUUGGAGAGACAUUUACAACUGAUUUGCUGAAUUCGUCAUCUGAAGCAUUUACACGUCGAGCCUCACUGUUAACAUCAACACUUACACCUUUCUACCAGGCAGAAUUUCCUUCAUUCCGCUCAUGUAUCGUGGAUUCAUUCAGUAAUGGAUCAAUCAUCAACAACGCAACCCUCAGAUUUGCAUCUAUGUCUGUUCCUAAUAACACGGCGAUCAGAAACGUUUUGAUCAGCGCAGCUUCAAAUGUCACAGCCUUCAACAUCGACACCAGCUCCAUUUUUGUGGAAAACACAGAAGUGUCAGGUGGAGUAAGCCACAAGAUGAGCCUGGCCACUGCAUCCUGCUUGGUGCUGCUGUCGUGGCUGCUGUCAUGCCAGCAGUAGCGUCUCUGCUGAUGUCCGUGGAAAAUCCCACUGGAAAAUGUCUGCAGUCGCUGCUGUGAGAGAGAACUUUGCAUGAAAGUUACUUUUAUUUGAAAAUCCAAGAGGACCUUCUGAUGAAUUGCAUAUAUAAUCUGACUUGGAAGGAACUUAUGGAUUUUAAAUUCACCAAAAUUACAAUUUUCUCAGUUUAUUUACAAAUGUAAUUUAUUGUGUUAAAUAAUUUAAGUUAUAAAUAAUGAUACUGAAAUUAAACAUGAAGGCAAAUCUUUAAAAAUGUUAUAAUUUUUAAUGACAAUUCUUAAUUUUAUGUUUUAAUCUAAAUAAGGGCUGGUGAUGCUGACAGCUAAAUAAUGUCUCAAUGAAGGAAAAUAUUCAGCGAAUACUCACAUUGUGAUUUCUCCUUUUCUUUUACCUUCCAUUUGGCAGAUGCAACAUAUAUAUUUUGUACCCAGCAGAGAGUCUUUAUAUUCAGGAGUUUUCAUAGUCUUCCUUUCAGAUCUCACAUAUUUUUAGGAUGUCACUGUGGCAUGUUAAACAUCAAUUCACUGUUCAGGUCUGUGGCCUGUUAAUGUUGUUCUGGUUUUUUGUGUUGUUUGAUGCUCUCUGUUUAUAUCCUUGUGUGGUUGGUUGAUUUUCUUCACAUAUUUGUUCACAUAUUGCAUGUAUUCUUUCAUCUGUUAAUAAA